AUGUUGAUGCUAAGUAUCCCCUUACUUGUCCAUCCUGUUCAUAUGCCAGCGGUGAAUUUGCCACUCCUCGUCUUUUCACUACUUAUAUUGAAGCAAGCGUUCUUGAGCCCCCUUCGUCAUCUUCCUGGGCCGUGGUACACUUCCUGGACAGGAAUUGUGCUUCGUUUUCAGGCACUGAAAGGCUACCGAUCCCAAUGGGUAGAUGAACUACAUCGAAAAUAUGGACCUGUAGUCCGUAUCGCACCAGAUGAGGUAGAUGUACGUGACUUUGAUGGAUAUCGGGAGAUUCAUAAGAUCAGCAAUCCGUUCAUGAAAGCCCCAUGGUAUAUUAGGUUCCGCGAAGCAGUCAAUUGCUUCACAGCUACUGACCCCCAUGUUCAUGCCCGCAAACGAAGACUGCUCUCCCAUCCGUUUAGCAAGAGCUCUCUCCGCGAGCAUUGGGAACCUACUGUACGUCGGCUUGCGGCAGCAGCCGUACAAGGCAUCAAGAGGGAAGCUGCAGUUGGAACCUCCGAUGUGAUGAAGUGGUGGACAUUCAUGGCUACUGAUGUGACGGGCGCUUUGGUUUUCAGUGAGUCCUUCGGCAUGACUGAAACCGGUCAGAAAAGCAAGUACAUCGAAGAGCUAGAGUUUGUCAACAAGGCUCGGGCGCUCCGCUUAGAGGUCUACAGCCUUUACUGUGCGCUAAGAACCUUUACCCUGGGCUACUUUGAUCCUCUUACUCGAGCGGAUCAAUGUAUCGAAAAGAGAACAGCGGAGGUCGUCCAACGAGCCUCAGAAAGACAACUCGUCAAGGCAAAUAUCUUUGCGGGUCUAAAGGGCGAGAAGAGCAGCGACGAAACAAUGGCCGACCGGGAAGUACUCGGAGCUGGAAGCACAGCCGUACCUCAAUGCUGUGUGAUUAACGAGGCCCUUCGAUUGUACGGGGCAGCUCCCUUUGGAUUACCUCGCAUUGUUCCAGCUACUGGGUUCAGUGUGUGCGGACAUCAAAUUCCAGAAGGUGCCAUCGUCACCACGCAGUCCUUCUCCUUACAUCGUGAUGGAAAUGUCUGGACUGAACCUGAUCAAUUUAUCCCGGAACGGUGGUUGGAAAAGCAACAGCACCCCGAGGCGAUUUUUGCGCCCUUCGGUGGUGGCAGUCGCACUUGUAUCGGGCUUCACAUGGCCCAGAUGGAGCUUCGCUUAGCUACUGCUUUGCUCUUUCGUGAAUGCGCGGGCAUCAAAUUGGCCCCGUCCACGACGCCGGAGUCGAUGGAGAUUGUGCAAUACUCCCUAAUUGCUCCGAAGGGCAGAAAAUGUGAAGUUAUGUUGUAG